AUGGCCGAUAUCGUGGAAUACCUGCCAAAUUAUGCAGUGUGCGCUGGCAUCGUAACAGCCGUAGUCCUCGUCAUCUCCUUUGUCCUUUGGCGAUGUGUAACAGGAAAAUCAAGCGAUUCGCUAGCACAGAAGUCGAAGCUAAAGAAGGGUAAAGAAAAAAAGAAGUCACCCGAACGAAUCCAGGCGGCGAGCAAGCCUCCGUCGACACCAAAAACACAGACAACACAAGACUCUUCCGAACAAAAAAUCCAACCCACGGUCGUUCCCCAGUUUCAGUCUGCUGCUCCGGUUGUUGCUCCCAAUAAGAACCGCAAGGGCAAUGCAAAAGUAGAACAUGCUGCUCCAGCUAUUGAGGAGAUAGAGGUUGCGGCUGUAGAGGAUGAUGAGUGGGUGACAGUUAAGCGCGGCAAAUCUUCGCGUGGACCUCAAACCGCCGACGCACCCGCGAAAGUAAACCAGAAACCCAAACAAGACAAAGGCGCCUCAAAGGAAUCCACACCAAAGGAGACUAAAAACUCCCAGAAGGCCAAAAAAUCUGCUGAACCUAGGCCCCAGCGAUCUUCAGACGAAGAAUCACCUGUAGCAGAGGAGCCUAAUCCCCCGAAACCGGCUGUUAUGGAACCUGUUGAAGGUAAUACCAUUUACUAA